CUCUCUCCGCCUAGCCUUUUCCCCUCCCAGCCGCCCGCCUGCCAGGGGUAGUGAGCCGGCCGAGCGGCAUGGAGACGCAGGAACUUCGGGGGGCCCUGGCUCUCCUCCUCCUCUGUUCUUUCGCAGCUGCCAGUCAGGACCUGCAAGUCCUCGACUUGCUGACUAUGGGGGAGUCCCGGCAGAUGACGGCUGUGGCAGAGAAGAUCCGGAAGGCCCUGCUCACUGCCGACGACAUCUAUCUCUUGUCCACCUUCCGCCUGCCCCCCAAGCAGGGUGGGGUGCUCUUUGGUCUCUAUUCUCGCCAGGACAACACGCGGUGGCUGGAGGCCUCGGUCGUGGGCAAAAUCAACAAAGUGCUGGUGCGGUACCAGCGGGAGGAUGGCAAGGUCCAUGCGGUGAACCUCCAGCAAGCAGGCCUGGCUGACGGCCGCACCCACACAGCUCUCCUGCGCCUCCGAGGGCCGUCCCGGCCAGGCCCUGCACUGCAGCUCUAUGUGGACUGCAAACUGGGCGACCAGCACUCGGGCCUCCCGCCACUUGCGCCCAUCCCCCCAGCAGAGGUUGCUGGGCUAGAGAUUCGGACUGGACAGAAAGCCUACUUGAGGGUGCAGGGCUUCAUGGAGUCAAUGAAGAUGAUCCUGGGCGGGUCCAUGGCCCGCGUGGGAGCCCUGAGUGAGUGUCCGUUCCAGGGGGACGAGUCCAUCCAUAGUGCAGUGUCCAGUGCCCUCCACUCCAUCCUAGGGGAGCAGACCAAGGCGCUGGUCACCCAACUCACCGUAUUCAACCAGAUCCUGGUGGAGCUGCGUGAUGACAUCCGAGACCAGGUGAAGGAAAUGUCCCUGAUCCGAAACACCAUCAUGGAGUGUCAGGUGUGCGGCUUCCAUGAGCAGCGGUCCCACUGUAGCCCCAACCCCUGCUUCCGAGGCGUGGACUGCAUGGAGGUGUACGAGUACCCCGGCUACCGCUGCGGGCCCUGCCCGCCCGGCCUGCAGGGCAACGGCACCCAUUGUGCCGACAUCAAUGAGUGUGCUCAUUCGGACCCCUGCUUCCCGGGCUCCAACUGCAUCAACACCCUGCCUGGCUUCCACUGUGAGGCCUGCCCUCGAGGGUACAAGGGCACGCAGGUCUCCGGCGUAGGCAUCGACUAUGCCAGGGCCAGCAAACAGGUCUGCAGCGACGUCGACGAGUGCAAUGACGGCAACAAUGGUGGCUGCGACCCUAACUCCGUCUGCACCAACACCGUGGGCUCUUUCAAGUGUGGGCCCUGCCGCCUGGGUUUCCUGGGCAACCAGAGCCAGGGCUGCCUGCCGGCAAGGACCUGCCAAAGCCCGGCCCACAGCCCCUGCCACGUCCACGCUCACUGCCUCUUUGAACGCAAUGGCGCAGUCUCCUGCUCGUGCAACGUGGGCUGGGCAGGAAAUGGUAACGUGUGUGGGCCCGACACAGACAUCGAUGGCUACCCGGACCAGGCACUGCCCUGCAUGGACAACAACAAACACUGCAAGCAGGACAAUUGCCUCCUGACGCCCAACUCGGGGCAGGAAGAUGCCGAUAACGACGGCGUGGGGGACCAGUGUGACGACGAUGCCGACGGGGACGGCAUCAAGAAUGUCGAGGACAAUUGCCGGCUGCUCCCCAAUAAGGACCAGCAGAACUCAGACACAGAUUCCUUCGGAGACGCCUGUGACAACUGCCCCAACGUCCCCAACAACGACCAGAAGGACACGGACGGCAACGGGGAAGGAGAUGCCUGUGACAACGAUGUGGAUGGCGAUGGCAUCCCUAAUGGAUUGGACAAUUGCCCUAAAGUCCCCAACCCCCUGCAGACAGACAGGGACGAGGAUGGCGUGGGAGAUGCUUGCGACAGCUGCCCUGAAAUAAGCAACCCUACCCAGACAGAUGCGGACAGUGACCUGGUGGGAGAUGUGUGUGACACCAAUGAAGACAGUGAUGGGGACGGGCAUCAGGACACCAAGGAUAACUGUCCACAGCUGCCCAACAGCUCCCAGCUGGACUCUGACAACGACGGGCUGGGGGACGAGUGCGACGGAGAUGAUGACAACGACGGCAUCCCGGAUUACGUGCCUCCCGGUCCCGAUAACUGCCGCCUGGUACCCAACCCCAACCAGAAGGAUUCUGACGGCAAUGGCGUAGGAGACGUUUGUGAGGACGACUUUGACAAUGACGCCGUGGUCGACCCUCUAGACGUCUGUCCAGAGAGCGCAGAGGUGACCCUCACAGACUUCCGGGCCUAUCAGACCGUUGUUCUGGACCCGGAGGGAGAUGCUCAGAUCGACCCAAAUUGGGUCGUGCUCAACCAGGGCAUGGAAAUCGUUCAGACCAUGAACAGUGACCCUGGCCUGGCAGUUGGAUACACAGCCUUCAACGGCGUGGACUUUGAAGGUACCUUCCACGUGAACACGGUGACGGAUGACGACUACGCAGGCUUUCUCUUCAGCUACCAGGACAGUGGCCGGUUCUACGUGGUCAUGUGGAAGCAGACGGAGCAGACCUACUGGCAGGCCACACCCUUCCGGGCUGUCGCCCAGCCCGGACUGCAGCUGAAGGCGGUGACAUCAGUGUCUGGGCCAGGCGAGCACCUCCGGAAUGCCCUAUGGCAUACGGGUCAUACCCCCGACCAAGUGCGGUUGCUGUGGACUGACCCACGAAACGUGGGCUGGCAAGAUAAGACCUCCUACCGCUGGCAACUGCUGCACCGGCCUCAAGUCGGCUACAUUCGGGUGAAGCUCUAUGAGGGUUCCCAGCUGGUGGCAGACUCUGGGGUGAUCAUUGACACAUCCAUGCGAGGGGGGCGUCUCGGCGUAUUCUGCUUCUCCCAGGAAAACAUCAUUUGGUCCAACCUCCAGUACCGAUGCAAUGACACUGUGCCCGAGGACUUUGAGCCACUCCGGAGGCAGCUGCUCCAGGGAAGGCUGUGACGUGGCCUCCAGCGGAUUCAGAGUCCUGAUUGUAGACCCUUGGGAUCCGCCCUGGAGACCCCGGGGGCUCUCAUCUACAGCCCCACACGCUGCCACACACAGACUCUCCUUCCGCGUGCCCAUCAGGCGUGGUUGCGCCGCAGAGGGGCUGAGAAGGGCAAGAUGUCCAGGGGCAUUUCUCAGGCACCCACCCCCGAAGCGCUCACUGCCCAGGAAAGAUCGCAGCCCGCUGCCAUAAAGUCGCGGUUGUUUUCUAA